AAAUGAUUCUCAUUUUAUUUUACUUUUUUAUAACCGCAUUAGGAAUAUAAACGAUAAAUAUCAAUUAGGAUUACUUGGAAAAUGGAGAAUUAUUUGAAUUGGAGGAUUCUGAUUAUUAUGUGAUAUAGGAAGUAGCAAAUGGAACUAUGUUCUUUUAAGUUACUUCCGUUGACACUUAGAAAUAUAUUUAAAUAGAGUAAUUUUAUGUUCAAUUAAAGAUUAACAUUCUUAGCUCCUGGAGAUGGUGAAGUCAAUUUGUCAUUUACAAUUAGUAAAAACAGUCUUCCUACAAUGAAAGACAACAAAACAAUAUCGGCGACAUAUGCUGAUGUCAAUGGUUAUUAUCUACGCAAGAGUUAUCAAAACAUAGUGAUACCAGCUAAUUCAUUUAGAUCAGGUGAUAAAUUUUAUAUAACUAAUUUAAAAAGAGAAGAAGAAACAACUUAUUAAUAUAAUAUUAGAAUAAAGAAGAGUGAUCUUACUCCAUGUCCUAACGAUUGCACUUCAGUUUCUUUGGGCUAUUGUAAUUUAGGUACUUGUGCAUGCGAAGCAAAUAGAGUCGAUUUGGAUUGUUCCAGGAAGGCAACUCCUAUUAUGAUAGAUAAAAAGUUGGAAAACAUCACAAUAAGUGGAACAGAAUACUUUUAUUUUGAAUAAACGAAACAAUUAGAUACUAUUUUGUUAGAUGUGGGAAUUUCAAAUAUCCUAGUUUCGGAGUACUCUUCAAUACUUGUAUAUUUCAUGUUUGAAAACUUUAAAUAUGGAGUACCCACUCCAUACUAUAAUAAUUAUUCUUUCUCAUUUUCUUCAGAUUCUAAAACUAAAUCACUCAUAAUUGACGUUUCUGGAUUGAAUUAUAAUCCAGAUUUAUAUAGGUAGUAUUUAGUUAUAAUGUCAUUAGGUUUGAUCGGCUUUUAUUAACAAUCGUAGUUCCUGAUACCUGCUAAUUUUAUUUUAAUAUCAGUGUUCCAUCCGGAGAUUCGUCAGUGAAUACAAACCUAAUGCUUAUUUACUUCUUGGUUUCUCUGGCUGUGGUCUUAGUGCUUACUUGGAUUAUAGUUACUUUAAUAAGAUAUAGACAGAGGAAUAGGGUUUAAAAUGAGAUUCAGUCAAAUUAAUAAUAAUUGUCAUAAUAGCAAAGGAGAGGAUAAAAGACUGGCAUAACUUCAUAAUAACUUGAUCAUUAUAUGAGGAAGAUUCUAUGGAAGAAUUUAAGUCAUCAUCCUAAGAUUAAGGAGAAGAGGAUAGACCCUAAGCAAUUUGAGGCUUGCACUGUUUGCUUAAUAGAAUAUGAUUCAGAAUCAAUUUGUAGAGUGACUCCUUGUGUUCAUGUGUUCCAUGCUGAUUGUUUGCAUUAAUGGAUGGUGGAGAAGAAGCAUGAGACCUGUCCGAUGUGCAGAGAAGAUUUGAAUGAGCAAGCAUUAGAAAAGCUGGCAGAAUAAGAUAGACCUAAUAAUCCAUAAACUUAAGUCUUAUUAAAGGGGGAUAACAAAUAGUAAAAUUAAAAUGGAUUGUUGGUUAUCUAAGAAAGAAAUGAAUGA